AUUUCUCUAUUGAAACAACAUAACAGAUUCCAAAAUUUUGCCGUGAUCUACCUCUGGAUGCGUCUCUCGUGGGAAAAUCUCCGAUGUUUCGCUGAUAUGGAUUUUAGUACGAGCUCUUUGGAUCCGAGGUCGAGCUUGACAAUCGGGGAGAAGCUUUGUUUCGUGUUCAUACCGUUCAUAGGAUUAUUUGAGGCUUUGGCUUAUAGCUUGUCCGGAUGCUUCAAUAUUCAACCUCCCAAGAAAAAGAUCUAUUCCACAUUCGACGAUUUAGUCCUUCUUGCUAGGAGUUCUCCAUUUACUGUUAAUGAAAUUGAGGCUUUGCGUGAAUUAUACAAGAAAUUGAGUAGUUCAAUCAUUGACGAUGGCCUCAUACACAAGGAAGAGCUUAGAUUGGCGCUGUUGAGAACGUCAUGUGGCGAGAACCUGUUCCUUGAUAGGGUAUUUGAUCUCUUUGAUGAGAAAAGAAAUGGUGUUAUAGAAUUUGACGAGUUUAUCCAUGCUCUUAGUGUCUUUCAUCCUGCUGCUCCUCUGGAAAAGAAAAUUGAUUUUGCCUUUAAAUUGUAUGACUUGAGGCAGACAGGAUAUAUUGAGCGGGAAGAAGUUAGGCAAAUGAUGAUGGCCAUAAUGUCAGAAUGCGGGACGCAACUAGAAGACAACUUUCUGGAAGCUAUUCUUGAUAAGACUUUUCAAGAUGCUGAUGCUGACAAGGAUGGUAAGAUUAAUAAAGAAGAAUGGAAGGAAUAUGUUGUUCGGCACCCAACACUACUGAAUUACAUGACUCUUCCUGGGCUUAACGAGAUCACUACUGUGUUUACUAGCUUCAUUUUCAACACCGAAGUUGAAGAUAUACUCUGGCAAAUUCCAGGCAACAACAAACUAUGAGAAGAAGUUGCUUCUGUUACGCUGGGAUUGUCGAUUUUGUUACAAGGUAUAUUCGUAUGAUUUUAGAACCCCAAUGUCAGUGGCAACUUGUGAAAGUUAAAGGGAAUAUGAAACGGAUCAAAUGACCUUCUCAGAAGUUAUCUCCGCUGAACCUCUGGCGGCAAAUGGCCAGGGCAACUCAAAGCUAUUUUGAUGUUAUUUUUCCCCGCAUUGCCUGAUGCGAUAAGCUCACUGACUAUGCCAAAAUGUUCUUAAGCAUAUGAUGAUUUCAGCGGCCGAGCGUUAUAUUGGCAUGCAUGGCCCUGUAUUCUUCUUGUUCAUUGUAUUUUUACACAACUGUAUAAUAUUUAGUAUUUCUGGGUGUAUGGUAUUUUUAGCCAACGUUCAAAUUCUCAAGCUGUGACCAUGCUGCCAUGAUUUCAUGGUUGGCGUUUUUCACUUCUA